ACACCUCAUGGUUCAUGUAUUGUAUCUUCCUACAGACAAAUCUGCAAAACUGUCUCUUGUCUGCUAGCUUACUACCCAACUAGUUAUAGUAUCUCAACAACUUCACAACCAACAAGUAUCAUAUUCAGUCAGCUAUAGUCAUCAAUAUCAUAAACAGACACAGAGGCAGCGAUCGAUAGAGGCACCUUCUUUACUUGAACUUGAAGUGUUGUUUGAAGCGACAAUGAGCUUUAUCAGGGAAGAUUGUGAGAAUGGAAAAGAGCUUAAGAAGCCAUUCCUCAACACUGGUAGUUGGUACAGAAUGGGUUCGAAUCAGUCCAACAUUUUAAACUCGUCAACACAAUAUGUCAUGCGAGAUACAUCUGUGUCUGUCCUUUUAUGUGUCCUCAUCGUUGCUUUGGGUCCUCUUCAAUUUGGUUUCACAUGUGGCUAUACUUCUCCAACGCAAGAGAGUAUAAUCAGUGAUUUAAAUCUCUCACUUUCACAGUUCUCUGUAUUCGGAUCUUUAUCAAAUGUGGGAGCCAUGGUGGGAGCCAUUGCUAGUGGUCAAAUGGCAGAAUACAUCGGACGCAAAGGGUCUUUGAUGAUUGCUGCGAUUCCCAAUAUAAUAGGAUGGUUGGCCAUAUCUUUUGCCGAAGACUCGUCGUUUUUGUUUAUGGGGAGAUUUUUGGAAGGUUUUGGCGUUGGGAUAAUUUCUUAUGUGGUUCCUGUUUAUAUAGCUGAGAUUUCACCUCAAAACAUGAGAGGUACCCUUGGAUCAGUGAACCAGCUAUCUGUCACAAUUGGAAUAAUGCUUGCUUAUUUGUUGGGCCUUUUUGUCAAUUGGAGAGUACUUGCAGUUUUAGGAAUUUUGCCUUGUACAAUAUUAAUACCUGGAUUAUUUUUCAUACCAGAAUCUCCAAGAUGGUUGGCUAAGAUGAGAAUGACAGAAGAGUUUGAGACUUCUUUGCAAGUGUUACGAGGAUUUGAUACUGAUAUAUCACUUGAAGUAAAUGAAAUUAAGAGAUCUGUGUCAUCAAUGGGAAAAGGUGUUACAAUCCAGUUUGCAGAUCUGAAGAUGAAAAAAUAUUGGUUUCCUUUAAUGGUAGGGAUUGGAUUACUUGUACUCCAGCAAUUGAGUGGAACCAAUGGAGUGUUGUUUUAUUCAAGUACCAUCUUUCUAAAUGCAGGAAUUUCAUCCAGCAAUGCUGCUACAGUUGGACUUGGGGCUAUUCAGGUCAUAGUUACUGGAAUCACUACUUGGUUGGUGGACAAAAGCGGGCGAAGGCUACUUCUAAUAAUAUCCUCAUCUAUAAUGACAGGAAGCCUUAUUCUUGUUUCUCUAGCAUUCUAUCUUGAGGGAGUCACAGAGAAGGAUUCUCCUCUAUAUAGCUUUUUGGGAAUACUUUCUGUUGUUGGGCUUGUGGCCAUGGUGAUUGGCUACUCUCUUGGACUUGGACCGAUCCCUUGGCUUAUAAUGUCUGAGAUACUUCCAGUGAAUAUAAAGGGCCUUGCUGGCAGCAUAGCCACCUUGACAAAUUGGAUGACUUCAUGGAUAAUCACAAUGACUGCAAACUUGCUUUUGACUUGGAGCAGUGGAGGUAUGUUUUUGUGUUUCAUGAUCCAUGCAUGUUCUUAUAUAUGGUAUCUAUAUAAUAACAAUAAUACUAAGGUUUUGCUUUCAACAGGAACAUUCACAAUCUACACUGUGGUAGCUGCAUUUACUAUUGUUUUUGCUGCAAUUUGGGUCCCAGAGACCAAAGGAAGAACAUUAGAAGAAAUUCAGCUUUCCUUUAGAUAGAUAUAUUAAUGUUCACAAGUGCAGUAUCAAAUCACAAAAUUGUACUAUUUUAAUUAAAAUGAUAGCUUUGAAACUAGUUAUGAAUAUAAUUAAAUAUUUUUAAUAAUAUAGCAAUUAUGA